CCAACGCAAGACUUUGUCAGUUUUGACGACUCAAAUUUCGACAAUCUGCAGUCAUUGACACGAUAAAACGGGACAUGUUAAACUUCAUUGUCGAGCUUGAUUACUUUCAGCGAUAACUACUUCCCAAGUAGUUGCAGUAUGACUCUGUUGAUUCAACUGUUGAUCUGUCUUAGCUUUCUUCAGUCCACUGUGGCCCUCACUGACUCGCUGUACAUUUCAGUGUUGCGAAUUAGUUCCCACACACUUCAGUAUAAUGAUAUUGUACGAUAAGAAAUGGAUCGGUUUUUUCGUUGGGUUUUUGUAUAUUUGUUGUUUUUUUGAUGGGGAAAGUUUGUAGUUCAAGACCUACUGCUUUUCAAGCUACGAUUUCUACGAUCAACUUGAGAUCUCUGUUUAAUUUAGGAUGAGAACGACAAAGCUCCGGAAAUUUGGGUGGUCUUCUUGGAGUGAUUGUAGUGUAACGUGCGGAAAAGGGAAGCAAACUAGAACAAAAGUUUGCCUUUUGGGCUUAGUGUGCCUUCCAAGCAGCCUGGUCGGAACACAAACACAGGAUUGCAACAGUAGCCCGUGCCCCACUAGCAGCUAUUUGAAUACUGCUUAUGCUACUUCUACCUACAGUCUAUCGACAUCCUACAGCCCUUCUUUUACCCAAUACCCAACUUCUAUGUACAGCUCAACAUCGUAUGUUCUAUCUACCUCAAACGUGAGUCCUACACAGAGCUCAACCUCUUCCAUCACCACCUCCCAACCCACAUCUGCUAUUGGUAACACCUUUUUUACUUUAAGCCAUCGUGGAUGUCGUUACUCAAAUGUGAAGAUCUCCCGAACUGUCAAUGUCAGGAACAAAUUACAUUGUAUAUCGAUAUGUGCACGGGAAUCGGAAUGUGUAGCGUUUAACCUUGAUGGCAUUAAGCCAAGUGACAGUAGCGAGAUAAACGAACAUCUCAAGUGUGAGAUUCUCGAAAAGGACUAUGGGAGAGAUGUCAGCUUAUCACGAGUAAGUGAGAACUGCAAGAAUUAUGAGCGAGUUACGAUAUGACCAAUUGGAAAGACAUCGGUACUACAGGUAACCCAAACAUUCGUAAGACUGAUGAAAUAACAAAAGACAUGGCAGCCAUUUUGGAUAUAUAAAAAAGCGAAUACAAAAACGUUUUUGUUCGCUCAAAACGGCGGACGUAUGGAAACUGAACCACUACACUACUGCUAUAAUCUUCUAUAAUCUGGGAUCUAUAUACAGUGGAAUAAUACUAUAUCAGCGGUCUGAGUAACCAAUUGUUUACCAUUGAUUGAAAGAGCGACUCAGAUACCUGGAGUGGUCUGGGUUGCAAAAUCCUAAAAAAGAAACUGUUGUAAAUACUCAGCACUUGAUCGUACGUUCGUCAAUGACUUUUAAAAUGCCUUUGUGUGGCGUAAAUCUUUACUGUAAACUUAAAUCAAUGUCAAUUAAAAUCAAACCGGUCUUAAAUCGGCAUACUGUAAAUUGCAAUACGGGUCAUAAGUAAAAUUUACU